AUGACACUAGUCGCCUACUCGGAUUCCGAAGAGGACGACGAGCCCGUGGCCAAGCGACCCAAGAAAGAGGCAGACCACAAAGACGACCUCCCACCGCUGCCAGCGUCUNUUUUGAAUCUCUAUUCGUCCAGCGUCCGCGUCAGCAACACCGACGAUCCGUCUUUGCACCACGGCCGCAAACGCGUCGUCAAGCACGUCGAGNGGAAUUGGCCCACCCAUGUCUAUCUUGAAUGUACGUUGCAGUUUUGUAGUGAUUGGGUAGAGCUCAACCAGACUUACACAGCCUCCCUUGCAGGGCUCCCGUCACCUGCUGAACAUGACACACUGAAUAGACUGCUCAAAGCCUUGCCAGAAUCCUCAAAUGUGCAUUCUCUACUGCAAACACCACUCCAAGUGCCUUUGCCUCUACACAUCUCCCUCAGUGCACCUCUAGUAUUGCGCACUGAAACCAAAGACGCUUUUCUGAAUACCAUAACCGAAGGCAUAACUCCGAUAAUCCAGUCACUGCGACAUCCGAUCGCAGUACGGCCAGCUUCGCUCUCAUGGCACGGCAACGACGAUAGCAGUCGCUACUUCUUGGUGCUUCGCGUCCAAGAUGCCCAGCAAUCCCAAGAACCCAGCUCUCUAACCUCACUAAACCAACUCCUUCAAGCCAGCAACAAGGCCGCCCACCAAUACAACCAACCCCAACUCUACACAAAGCUCAAGCGCCAAGCGGGAAGCCAUGACUUUUCACCCUACUUCCACAUCAGCAUUGGCUGGUCUUUACCAUCGCCAGACCGUAAUUUGGAAGACGACAACCUAAAGUUGCAACCAGUUGUAGACUCCAUACUCAAGGAGCUAUGUGAGAAGAUGGUUGUGUCUUUUGCUGCAGUCAAGAUCCGCAUAGGUCAGACUGUUACAGCUUUGCCGAUCGGAAGUACACAACCGCACUCUAGAAAAAGAGGUGGUGUGUUCGGUUAA